GAUUCAAAAAGCUUCCUUUCCAUUAUACUCACAAAUACAUAACUACAUAUUUCAUUUUGACGGGUUAUUUUGACAGUGUUUCUUCUUCUCCUUGACCUGCGUUCGUUUCCCUACCGAAAUUAAUAGUGACGGGCUGGAUUCCUCGCUGAAGUUCUUGAUACCAAAAGGAAGAUAAUAAGAGACGGUCAAGAUGUCAACGGAAGAAGAUACACCAUUACUCUCAGAUGAGGUCGCGCCCGACCUCAAUCCUACCAAAUCCAACGAUGACACAAUCACAGCUUCACCGAACUCAGCUCCUGCGUUUCCUGAAAACACAGCUUUCGCAAAAAGACUGGUCAGAAAGAUAGAUUUAAGACUGAUGCCUUUGAUGUUUAUAACGUUUAAUUUCAAUUACAUCGAUAAGAGUAUUUUGAGCACUGCCGCUGUGUUUGGGUUGGUAGCGGAUACGCAUCUAGUAAACAGCCAGUUUAGUUCCAUCUCCAGUGUCUUCUAUUUCGGCUAUCUUCUCUGGGAAUACCCUGGCGUCUAUCUGAUCCAAACCCUCCCCGUGGCAAAAUACAUUGCAGCGGAUAUUGUGAUCUGGGGAAUCAUUGUUGCAAGUACGGCUUCAUGUACAUCUUAUGAAGGAUUAAUGGUAGCGAGGCUCUUUACGGGGAUGGUGGAAGCAAGUAUUAGUCCGGCGUUUUUGUAUGUUACGAGUAUGUGGUAUACGAGGGAUGAAAUGCCUAGUCGUAUGGGGCUGUGGUACGCGGGGAAUUCUUUUGGUGGUGCUGUUGCUAGUUUGCUCUCUUUUGGUAUCGGACAGAUUCAUUCUUCGUUGAAACCUUGGAAGCUGUUGUAUAUCAUAUUUGGAUCAGCAACAGCUAUAUGGGGCUUUCUUGUCCUCACUUUUCUACCAGAUACUAUUCUCAGUGCCAAGUUUCUUACCCCUGAAGAAAAGAAAUGUGCAGAGGAGAGAGUUCGUUUAGCAGGAACUGGGAUUACUAUGUCUAUCAAAAAUAAAUGGAAAGGCGAACAAGCUAUCGAGUGUCUACUUGAUCCAAAAACUUGGUUUUGCUUUUUCAUUUCUCUGCUUACUAUGAUCCCGAGUGGAGGAACAACCAGUUUCGCAAACAUCCUAAUAACAAGCUUCGGAUUUACCGGUCUCCAAUCAACUCUCAUCUCCCUUCCAUCCUCUCUGAUAUCUUUUCUCACCAUCCUGAUAUCCGGUCAUCUCGCAUCCCGCUAUCCCAAUAACACGAGUCUCAUUCUCUCUAUUCUUCUUUUUCCCCCUAUCAUCGGCGCUAGCCUCAUGAACUGGGCUCCUCUCGAUUCGUUAAAACUAACAGGCUUCUACCUAAUUGGCUUCUCUCACGCUACUGUUCCUUUAACAAUGAGUCUUAUAGGAGCAAAUACAAGAGGUACGACGAAGAAAAUGACAAUGAGUGCUUGUAUGUUUGUGGCAUAUUGUGUGGGAAACAUGUUAGGCCCGCAUAUUUUUGGUCGUAAUGAGAGAGAUGUGGGGUUUGGGAGAGGGUUCGCGGUUUGUUUAGGAUGUUAUUUUCUGUCUGCAGCAAUGGCGGCAGGGCUGAGGGGGUAUUUGAAAAGUGUGAAUGGGAGGAGAGAUAGAGAGGAGUGGGGUUUGGAAUCCGAGGACGAGGAAACAGAGAGAGAAAUAGACAUGGACGGGGAUCUUACAGAUUUUCAAACUCGAGGAUUUAGGUAUAGAUUAUAGUCCUCUAGAAGUGAUAGAUUUUUAUUAUAUUUCUUUUUCACUUGUCAAUACCCCCAACUCUUACAUUCGGAUAACCGAUUCCCGAGGAACAUCGACGUACCUCCACACUUUACUUACAAACCAAGAUAUACGACCACCGCUAUCUUUAUCCGAACCAAUGCUAUAUACCA